AUGGGUCGCGGAACAACGAAAAAGAUCACAGCUUCCAUCAAGAAUCCAGGGCGGAAGGCUGCUACUGCAUCAACCUCCACUCUAGAAGGGACACGCUCUCAAUAUAGUGGCCAUCUGGAUCGUGGCCGUCGAUUCCUGAAAGAUGUGGUUGAGCAGAAGCGCAAGGCUCAUGCAGACAGCAAAAGUGCUCAGUCACUGGGCCCAGAAUGCAACUCAGACGAUGACAUUGAGACCUACAGCCGUGCAUUUGAUCCCAUUCCAAAUCAAUACUCUGCUCCCGCACUGGAAUUAUUCCUCGUUCAGAAGGGUCUGACAGAGGGGAGGGGGAUAAGCACAAUGUGGGGUGUGUUCUCGGCAUUCAAGGAUCUAUGGUGGAAUGUUAAGGGCGAGACAUUCCGUGGGCCAUACCACUGCAAUGAAGUGACUGGAGUUGUUAUGGGAAACCCUGCCUUAUCAGCUGCAGUACAAGAUAUGAUGGAGAUUCUGAAGAAUAACGAGGGCACUGAAGGUGGCAUGAGAAACCAUGCAUCUGCAAUGACAAUCGAGGACAUGCAAAAGCUCAUGUCCUGGUCCUAUGAUGAAUGUUCUAACGAGCUCGUGAGCCAGAUUUAUCAGUGCCUUCAGGCAGGGGAAGUGCUUGACAUAGCAGAUGUGGUUCUGGCUCAGCGCCAUCUGAUGGUACGAGCCUUCUCAACAACUGGAUUUACUAUCUGGACAAGGAAUUUUGAGCUUACGAAGAUCAGACGCAGGGACAUUGUCUGGAACUGCCAGGGACGACCGCCCUAUGGCAUCCCUUUUGACCUCAUCAGCCUACUCAAUCGUAAGGGCUGGCAGCGAAAGGGGGAGACUGAUGGUGCACUUGAAGGUCAUGAAUACGAAGUCUAUGCCCAGUCACAUACCCCAGAGAUCUGCAUGUUCACCCAUUUACGUGCCUGGGUCAGAUUCUUGGAGGAGGUCCUGCUCCGACGUCCAUUGCAAUCCGAUGAGUUCGUGUUCCCUCAUGUAGGCACCAAUGGUGUCAUCUACCCAACUGAUGAGCUGUCAUACGAUGCCGUGAUGAAGAUGCUCACAUGGAUCUGCACAGAGGCAGUGCUGACAUCUAGGUACACUAGUCACUGCUUUCGUCAAGGUGGUGCAAGGUACCGAUUUAUGUUUGCACCACUCAGUCAGUGCUGGUCACUGGCAACAAUAAGGUGGUGGGGGGCAUGGGCAGAAGGAGAGAGUGUUGACACCCUGAUUCGCUACCUCUUGGACGAACUCACCCGCUAUGAGAAGAACCAUCGUGAUGCCUUGUGUCCAAUUCCACGUGAGGCGGAGAGAAGCUUCAAUGGGGACCACAUUCUCACAGCACCUGUCACUGCUGCCAAAACUCGCGAGCUGAAGAUGUCCUUUGACCGUCAGCUAGAUUCCCUGUCUGGCAAAGUUAGGGCUGUAUUGGACAAGCUUGCACUUGCCUCAGUAUCACCAUCCUGCUGCUCCUCCCUGUCUCCACCCCCCUCUUUGACAAUUCCCUUGUCUCGAAUACCAACUUUGAUAACUCCCUCGUCUCAAGCACCCUCUUCUGCCAACAGCACUCCGCCCCUGCCUACUACUCCAAGCCUCCAGUCAAAUCGAGUCGAAGUUACAGAACCUCCUCCGGCAUGUUUGAUGCCUGUCGUCCCACCAGCCCACAGUGGUGCAGCCAAGGCUGCACCUAUUCCAGGUGUUGGUAUUCCUGACCUACCACGUGGCCCUGAUGCAUGGCGUGCAGCUGUCAAGCAAUGGGAAGAUCCAGCUGCCUUCAUUGGCAGCAAGGCACUGAAGGACUGGCCAGAGGACUGGUACUCUGGCAUGAUGCGUACCAUCACUGGCACAAAGCGCAACAUGCGCAAAGUGAUUGCACUUGAGUUCCACCGGAUGGGGAGGGAUGAGUCGGCAUUCCUGGUGGCCUACCCAGAGGCAAGCCGCGGCGCAAAACCGCUGUUUGACGUGAUCCAGCGCAAGCGCGAGGAGCGCGGCGAGGUAAUUGGUCGGAAGAGCAAGAAUGGCCACCCAAAAGACCGUCAUGGUGCUACAGUCGCGACCACCAACACCAGCCUGAUGCAUCCUCAGUGA